AUGUCGGAGGAACUGCCCUUGCACAUCAACAUCCGGGAGCCGCGAUGGGACCAGAGCACUUUCCAGGGGCGAGCCAAGCACUUCUUCAUGGUGACCGACCCCCGCAACCUCCUGCUGUCCGGGGCGACGCUGGAAGACGCCCGGAGGGUGGUUGAGAAUUACAGGUCGGGAACGGUGUCACCGGGCCUGACGGAGGACCAGCUCUGGCGGGCGAAAUACAUCUACGACUCGGCCUUCCACCCCGACACCGGGGAGAAGAUGAUCCUGAUUGGGCGCAUGUCGGCCCAGGUGCCCAUGAACAUGACCAUCACCGGCUGCAUGCUCACCUUCUACAGGACGACCCCCGCGGUGUUAUUCUGGCAGUGGGUGAACCAGUCGUUCAACGCGAUUGUGAACUACACUAACCGGAGCGGAGAUGCCCCCAUCACGGUCGGCCAGCUGGGGACGGCCUACGUCAGCGCCACCACCGGGGCGGUUGUGACGGCGCUGGGACUCAAAUCUCUCACCAAGCAUUUACCGUCAAUUAUUGGCCGCUACGUGCCUUUUGCUGCCGUGGCAGCUGCUAACUGCAUCAACAUUCCUUUAAUGCGGCAGAGGGAGCUGAAGUUUGGGAUCCCCGUCACGGAUGAGGACGGGAACCGGCUGGGGGAGUCGAGGGCAGCGGCCCAGCAAGCCAUCGCUCAGGUGGUGGUGUCCCGGAUCGGCAUGGCGGCCCCCGCCAUGGCCAUCCCUCCCGUGAUCAUGAAUGCCCUGGAGAAGAGAGCCUUCCUGAAGCGAUACCCCUGGCUGAACGCUCCCUUGCAGGUCGGACUGGUGGGGUUCUGCUUGGUGUUCGCGACCCCGCUGUGCUGCGCGCUCUUCCCACAGAAAAGCUCGAUGCGAGUGAGUCGCCUGGAGCCUGAAGUCCAAGCUCUGGUCCGGGAGAAGAACCCCCACAUGGAGAAUGUCUACUUCAACAAAGGGCUUUAA